AUGUCUAUGAAUAAUUCUCCAAAUGUAUUUUUGGACCCAAGUCCAAAUAGAUUUCAGGUCAAUGUCAUUAAUGAAAACCAUGAUAAUACAGUACAAUCACAGGGAGAUCCAGACUCUCAACGUUAUGAAGAGACAUCUUUUGCAGAUGAUGUCAAUAGACUCCGAAUCGGCUACAAGCCUGAAAACAGAGAAUUGUACGACAAUUUCUUUCAAAAUGGUGAUGCUGCUAAAACAGAUGGAAGCUUUCACCCCUAUGAUACUCACAGUAACACAUAUUAUCUGAAAACAUUUGGUCAUAAUACAAUAGAUGCCGUCCCUCAGAUUGGUUACUACCGAAACACUGGCAGCAUCAGUGGAAUCAAAAUGAACAGACCAAGUCUGAUGGACAUUCAUGAACAGUUGGUAAAGAACAUUGCAGUGUCUUCUGGUUCAGCCGACAAAUUCACCAAAGCAGAUGGCAAUGUGGGAGAAGAAGCUGAAUCCAACAAGGAAGAAGAAACCAAAGGAGGCUUUGUGAAAUUUGGAUGGGUGAAAGGUGUCCUGGUGAGAUGCAUGCUGAACAUCUGGGGUGUGAUGCUUUUCAUUCGUCUCUCCUGGAUUGUAGGUCAAGCUGGAAUUGGUCUUGGAGUUAUCAUAAUCCUCCUUGCCACCAUGGUCACCUCCAUUACUGGUUUAUCAACUUCCGCAAUAGCAACUAAUGGUUUUGUCCGUGGAGGUGGAGCAUAUUACCUUAUCUCAAGAAGUUUAGGACCGGAGUUUGGGGGUUCCAUUGGUCUAAUCUUUGCCUUUGCAAAUGCUGUGGCAGUGGCCAUGUACGUUGUUGGAUUUGCAGAAACAGUUGUGGAUCUCCUCAAGAGCAGUAAUGCAAUCAUGGUAGAUGCAACCAACGACAUCCGAAUAAUAGGUGCAAUAACUGUAGUCAUUCUUUUGGGCAUUUCGGUGGCUGGUAUGGAAUGGGAAGCUAAGGCACAGGUUAUUCUUCUAAUUAUCCUGCUUGCUGCUAUCAUAAAUUUCUUCAUUGGGACAGUCAUUCCAUGCAGCAACGACAAGAAGGCUAGAGGUUUUUUCAAUUAUCAAGCCUCAAUAUUUGCAGAAAAUUUUGGACCAGAUUUCAGAGGUGAAGAAGGCUUUUUCUCUGUGUUUGCCAUUUUUUUCCCUGCAGCCACUGGCAUUCUUGCUGGAGCCAAUAUCUCUGGAGACCUGGAGGAUCCACAAGAUGCUAUACCCAAAGGAACAAUGCUGUCCAUUCUGCUUACAACUGUUGCUUACCUAGGUGUAGCAAUCUGUGCAGCUGCGUGUGUCGUACGUGAUGCUACAGGGAAUGUCAAUGAUACAGUUGUGUCUGGAAUGAAUUGCAAUGGAUCAUCUGCUUGUGCCCUAGGCUAUGAUUUCUCCAGCUGUAAAACCCAGACAUGUGAUUAUGGGCUGAUGAAUAAUUUCCAGGUUAUGACCAUGGUUUCAGGGUUUGGUCCCUUAAUCACUGCCGGAAUAUUUUCUGCAACUCUUUCAUCAGCACUAGCUUCGCUUGUCAGUGCACCCAAAGUUUUCCAGGCUCUCUGCAAGGAUAACAUUUACCGAGCACUCCACUUUUUUGCCAAAGGAUAUGGGAAAAACAAUGAGCCGAUUAGAGGAUACGUUCUUACAUUCGUCAUUGCCAUGGCCUUUAUUUUGAUUGCUGAGCUGAACACCAUUGCUCCCAUCAUCUCCAACUUCUUCUUGGCUUCGUAUGCACUUAUCAAUUUCUCUUGUUUCCAUGCAUCGUAUGCAAAAUCUCCAGGUUGGAGACCUGCCUUCAGAUAUUACAACUUGUGGGUGUCCCUUUUUGGAGCUGUGCUGUGUUGUGGAGUCAUGUUCGUCAUCGACUGGCGGGCAGCUCUCAUCACUUAUGCUAUUGAGCUCUUUCUUUAUAUUUAUGUGACAUACAAGAAGCCGGAUGUAAAUUGGGGGUCAUCAUCACAGGCACUCUACUAUGUUAACGCCAUUGACAGUGCACUAGAAUUAACUACAGUAGAUGAUCAUGUGAAAAACUUCAGGCCUCAGUGCAUAGUAUUAACAGGAGGACCCAUGUCAAGACCAGCUUUGCUAGACCUUGCACAUUCAUUCACAAAGAACAACGGUCUCUGCAUCUGUUGUGAAGUAUACACGGGCCCACGCAAGCUGUGCGUUACGGAGAUGAACAGUGGCAUGGCAACGAAGCAGGCCUGGCUGACAAAGAACAAAAGGAAAGCCUUUUAUGCUGCAGUGGCAGCUGACAGCUUUAGAGAUGGAGUCAAAAGUCUCCUCCAAGCUUCUGGUUUGGGCAGGAUGAGACCGAAUACUUUGGUGCUUGGAUUUAAAAAGGACUGGAGAGAUGCCAGUGCAACACAAGUUGAAAACUACAUGGGUGUCAUACAUGAUGCAUUCGACUUUGACUUUGGUGUGAUUGUUGCUCGAAUAAGUCAAGGGUUUGACAUAUCCCAAGUACUUCUGGUUCAAGAGGAACUGAAGAAGCUGGAGCAGGAGAGGCAAGCCCUAGAAGCUAGCAUUAAAGAUAGUGAAUUUGAAGAAGGUAAUGGUGGCAUCCAUGGAUUCUUCAGAAGAGCCACCAAGCUCAAUAUUACAAAGACUAUACCCAAAAAAGGCAACAGCAUUAAGACCAUCUCUUCAAUGCAUGAGGGUGAAUUCAAUCAGCGACUGCUUGAAGCUAGCACUCAGUUCAAAAAAAAGCAAGGGAAAGGUACCAUUGAUGUGUGGUGGCUAUUUGAUGAUGGAGGGUUAAUAUUAUUAAUUCCGUACAUCCUCACUCUCCGUAAAAAAUGGAAAGACUGUAAAUUAAGGAUUUUUACUGGUGGAAAAGUCACUCGUCUUGAAGAGGAAAAGCUAAUGAUGGCUUCUCUUUUAAGCAAAUUCAGAAUAAAAUUUGCUGACAUUAAUAUAAUUGGUGAUAUCAAUAUGAAACCAAACAAAGAGAGCUGGAAAUUCUUUGAAGAGAUGAUUGAACCAUUCCGCCUUCAUGAAAGCUGCAAAGAUUUAACAACUGCUGAGAAAUUAAAGAGAGAGGCACCAUGGAAAAUCACUGACGCAGAGCUGGAAGCUGUCAAGGAAAAGAGCUACCGCCAGGUCCGUUUGAACCAACUCCUUCAGGAACAUUCUAGGGCUGCUAAUUUGAUUGUUCUGACUCUACCAGUAGCAAGAAAAGGAAUUGUAUCCGAUUACCUCUAUAUGGCUUGGUUAGAAAUUCUCUCAAAGAACCUGCCUCCAAUUUUGCUCAUCCGAGGCAACCACAAAAAUGUACUAACAUUUUACUCUUAGCAAGCAGCACCUAGAAGCCAAUAUAUGCAUUUUGUACACAUCAAUGGCACUAACAUAUUGAAGAAACACUAAAAAGCAACAGUAUCUCAAUGUCUGACACUUUGCAAUAUACUCUCCAAACUACCGAUAUAUCAUUUUGAUUUUUCACCAUUUGACAGCAAAAUUCCAAUCCUCAUAUGUACGAAUGAUCAAUCUGAGUCUUCCUGUACUCAUGCCUACAAAGCCCAAACUGCACCACCCAUACAGAAGAGGACUCAGCAGACUUGGGGUAACCCAAGAAUCGCAGAAUAACAAAAAACGUGCAGAAAAAAAGCCUAAGGGGGUGGUUGCAAAACCCCCAAAGAGGUUCUGACUUCAACCAUUUUUUACCUCCAAACCAAGUAACUUCAUUAUGUUUUAUUUUCCAUCUGUGGUAGGGGAUUUGGUUACAAUACUAGACAAGCCUGUUCCUGUCCAACCAGUAUAUCUGAGCAUAGGAAGCUGCCUUAUACCAAAUCCGAUCGUUGGUCCAGCUAGCUCAUCAUUUUCUGUGCUGACUGCCAGCAGCGCUCUAGGAUUUGAGUCAGGAGUCACUCUUUGCCUUUCCUGGAUAUUGCGCCUGGGACCUUCUGCAUGCAAAGCAGAUGCUCCAGUACUGAGCCAGAGUCUUUCUCAAGUUCAUGGGGGGCAGAUUACAUUAGAUUAAAAUGAAUUUUCAGAUUAUUGC